AUGAGCGGCUGUUCCAAAAGAUGCAAGCUUGGGUUCGUGAAAUUUGCCCAGACCAUCUUUAAGCUCAUCACUGGGACCCUCAGCAAAGACAUCGCCUGGUGGUAUUACCAGUAUCAGAGAGAUAAGAUUGAAGAUGAGCUGGAGAUGACCAUGGUUUGCCAUCGGCCUGAGGGACUGGAGCAGCUGGAGGCCCAGACCAAUUUCACCAAGAGGGAGCUGCAAGUUCUUUAUCGAGGCUUCAAAAAUGAGUGUCCCAGCGGUGUGGUCAAUGAAGAAACAUUCAAGCAGAUCUACGCUCAGUUUUUCCCUCAUGGAGAUGCCAGCAUGUAUGCCCAUUACCUCUUCCACGCCUUCGACACCACCCAGACAGGCUCCGUGAAGUUCGAGGACUUUGUAACUGCUCUGUCGAUUUUACUGAGAGGAACCGUCCAUGAGAAGCUAAGGUGGACAUUUAAUUUGUAUGACAUCAAUAAAGAUGGAUACAUAAACAAAGAGGAGAUGAUGGACAUUGUCAAAGCCAUCUAUGACAUGAUGGGGAAAUACACAUAUCCCGUGCUCAGAGAAGACACUCCAAGGCAGCACGUGGAUGUCUUCUUCCAAAAAAUGGACAAAAAUAAAGAUGGCAUCGUGACUUUAGACGAAUUUCUUGAGUCCUGUCAGGAGGAUGACAACAUCAUGAGGUCCCUCCAGCUAUUCCAAAAUGUCAUGUAA